UGUAAGUUUCCUGAGGCCUCUCCAGCCGUGCUGAACAAUCUCGGGGUUUCCAGAAGAAAAGAUCAAGGGAGAAUUACCAAGAAUAGAUUCUUUUUCUGAAUAGUUAAACCUUUGAUGUCCAUAACCUUGACCCUUCAGACUGCAGAGAUGCAGGAAGGACUUCUGGCAGUGAAGGUAAAGGAGGAAGAGGAGGGACACUCCUGUCGGCCAGAAUCAGGCCUGUCAAGAAAUAAACCUCAUACUAGAGAGAUCUUUCGUCGACGCUUCAGGCAGUUCUGCUAUCAGGAAACCCCUGGGCCCCGGGAGGCUCUUCGAAGACUCCAGGAGCUCUGCCAUCAGUGGCUGAGACCGGAGAUGCACACGAAGGAGCAGAUCCUGGAGCUGCUGGUGCUGGAGCAGUUCCUGACUAUCCUGCCUGAGGAGCUCCAGGCCUGGGUGAGAGCAUACCAUCCUCUGAGUGGAGAGGAGGCAGUGACUGUGCUGGAGGAUUUGGAGAGAGAGCUGGAUGAACCAGGAGAGCAGGUCCUGACCCAUGCUUAUGACGAGGAAGAGUUUGUAAAGGAGAAGGCAACUCCAAGAUCAGAUCAGGAGUCAUCAAAUGGCCAAUUCCAAGCCUUGGAAGAGCAAUAUGGCAAGGCUGGGACUUGGAAUGUGGAGUUAGCCCCAAAGGAGAUUUCUCAGGAAGUGAAAUCUCUUGUACAAGUUCCUGGAAAACUGAAUGGUAAUAUUACUCAGAUGCCUGAGUAUGGAGAUAUCUGUGACCAUGAGGGCAGACUGGAAAAGCAAAGGGUGAGCUCUUCAGUGGAGAGACCCCAUAUCUGUAGUGAAUGUGGAAAAAGCUUCACCCAGAAUUCCAUUCUUAUUGAGCACCAGAGAACACACACCGGUGAGAAGCCUUAUGAAUGUGCCGAGUGUGGGCGGGCCUUCAGCCAGCGGUCAGGCCUGUUCCAGCACCAGAGACUCCACACUGGGGAGAAACGCUACCAGUGCAGUGUUUGUGGCAAAGCCUUCAGUCAGAACGCCGGGCUUUUCCAUCACCUCAGAAUUCACACUGGGGAGAAACCUUACCAGUGUAAUCAGUGCAGUAAGAGUUUUAGUCGACGUUCAGUCCUCAUUAAGCAUCAGAGAAUUCAUACUGGAGAGAGACCUUAUGAAUGUGAAGAAUGUGGCAAGAACUUCAUUUACCAUUGCAACCUAAUCCAGCAUCGGAAAGUCCACCCUGUGGCUGAAUCAAGCUAACUCCUUGGAACAGGAAAAUCUUAAGAAGCAAAAUAUGUUACAUAUGCUGUAGAGACAGAAAUACCACUUAGAAUGCAAUGAUGCUUAACAUGAUUAAAAUGACUUGACAGUUAACAAACUAGCGUCCCUUGUUUUCUGAUAGUAAUUGUGUAGAUUCUCUUAUGGUAAUCUUUUAUCUAGGGUGCACAUUCCUCAGUAAUUGAAAAAUAAUAUUUGACUUAACUGAUAGACAAUGGCAUGUAGACAUUGGCUGCUUCUGCGAUUAUUCUAGUUCUUCUUGGACAGAAGUUCUUAGUUGUCUCCCUUUCACAUUUCUAAAUUUCUCUCACUUCUCUCUCCCAUUUUUACUACCCUGGCUCCUUUAUUCAACCCAUUAAGACUCUAGCACAGACCUCUUUUCAGGUGUUUCCUGGACCAGUAUCUACCGCUUUCUGUUCCCUUGAAAAGUCUAGUCUGAAAGAGCAGAGUAGUCACCGUUCUACGGCUGAGCAAGAUGUAGGAAAUAUUGAUUCAAAUCCAUUUAAAUAAACUUACUGGUUCUUGAGGACAGUCUGACACCCCUUUGAGCACUGUUCAGGACAGUGGAUGCUGCAUCAAGAAAUAACUGAGAAUCUUGCAACCGCAUUAGCCUAGAGCUGUAAAUAGAGCUCUGAAAACUCGCUAUAAUUUUGAUUUCUUGGUCAAGAUUCCAGUAAUAUCAAGUAUCUGUUCAUAUUUUACAUUUGCAAAUGACUCCUAUUUUCUGUAUCUGAUUAUACUUUUUCUUUAAAAAAUAUAUUAAAGUUUAUAGUGGAAGGUUGUUUUACAUUUUCUAAAAAGACAAAAAUUACCUCUAAGGAGAUUUUAAAAGGAAAAUGUAUCUAAAAUUAAAUCUAUUAUAAAAUAUGAAAUCUUUUCUGUGGAAUAAUUUUGAGAUAUAAAAUAUGUACCAAUAUACUUGUUUCAUUGGUUAAAUGUUGAACUAUUAAUUGAGAAAAAAUAAGUUGUUUUUUUUUUUGGAGAGGGAGAUGGGGAGUAGAGGAAUAUCUUUUGAUCAGAGGGGACAGGGUGAGGCAAGACCUAUCAAAGAUAUGCUAAAGAAUCGAGAGUUUUUGAGUUUGGCUGGAUCAACAGACAGUGGGAGAUGGUAGGUAGGAGCCACACUGAGAAGGCCCUGUACUUUCAGAAUGAGUUUAGUGUUUGUCUGGUAAGAAAAUAUUAGCUUUAAAAAGAUAUUUUAAGAGCUUAGCAAAUAUCAUACCUAAAUGAGAAAAGCGAAGUUCAAAUGCUUAAGAACUUGUAGUAAUCUUUUAUCACCUUAAAAAAUUUGAAAAGGAAACCAAUUAUGAACAGAGAUCACUGUGAAUUAUAUAUGGUUUCAUAGACACUUACACUUGGAACCCUGAGACUCAUUGUAGGCAUCUGCAAACAACAGCAGCAACAAAGUGGGAUGGAAAGAAAAAAGAAAAAAAUAUGAGGACAUAAAAAGGAAUCAGAUGGUAAAGUUAGAUGCUAAAACUCUAGAUUGGACAAAAAAUGGUGACCAAAGGAAAAAGUAAAAAGAUAGACGCAGGGACAGAUUGUUGCCAAGAAACAUGCUUCAUCUUCAUUAUUAGAAAUCUCUCUUAUUUAUCUGGUCUAAGUUUUUAGAUGCUAUUGUUUAAGCAGUGAAAAUAAUCUCACUGCCCUUUACUCCUCACACAUUUUAUUAUUUCCCAUAAAAUGGAUAGGGAGAAAAGCAUAGUCUAUAAAACUCUGUGAUUUUUAGGUCUCUUUGAACCUAUCCCUAGUUUUCUAUGUCAACUGCCAAUGGGCAGUGUUGAAGACACUAUUUCUUGAUGAUACCUGCACUACAGUCACCUGGGUUGUUUGUCUGAACUGCAGUUUUCUGAGCCUCACCCCAGACCUACUCAUUCAGUUUCUGAGACAGAACCUGAGAAUCUGCAUUGACCUACUGAAUCAGUUUCUGAAACAGAACCUGAGAAUCUUUUCACUGAAAAUGAAAAGGAGUGCUGUUAAUAAUUACACCAAGACAACAGGCAUAAACCAGGAUGUGUGGUCCCUAUACUAAUAAUUUUUACAGUAGGCAGUAUUUUUUCAACCAAGGAGAUAGAAGAGACAGAGAAUCAGAAAGAUUACAAUGUUCUGUCAUGAAAACGAAUGCAGAACAUGAAAAAGGCUGUUGGAGACUUAGGUGUAGCCACCUAGCCCAAGAUAGCCCCCAGUAAUAGAUGUAUUGGAUUAGACAAGAAAGGAUGGGAUAAUAUGUCUGCAAAACAAACACAGGGCCCCUCACCCAAACCCCCUGUUAAGACAAACCCAUUCUUUACAUAGCUAGUUACCAAAGAUGAACCUAUUGAGUGAAUGGUUUACCAGACAAGGUGGAUGAUGUCCUGGAAGCACAGGAGUGUUUCAGUGGUAUAGGAACCAAUAGAGUACAGUGUUCAACCUUAUGCUGUAGAAGAAAGUGAGAAGAUAGAGGACUGAAUCAGAAGCUUACAAUGUUAGGGCAAACAGCCAUUUUAAGCAAGUAGUUGGGUGAAGGGGAAGGGGGCAGAUAUUAUACCAAGUAGUUUCAUAAUUUAUCACAUCCUUUGUUGGCUGUGGAGAGGAGCCCUUUUGCCACUGAAUGGUACCAAAGACAGCUGACCUUGCCUUAAGUGUGUCAGUAGAUCUUCAGGCAGCUAUUCAAAAACUGCCUCAAGAUCAUUCCUCAAUUGUGAUUGUGCUCAGCACAACUGCAGGUAUAGGGGUGGCAGUGGCCUCCCCUUACCACCCCUGACUUCUGCUAACUCAUUGUAGAGGGGUAUGUAGUGAGGGAUAGUUACUUGGGGGGACCUGAUUUAUUUAAACAGGUUUAAAACAAUGGAGAGCAAGCCAACAUCUUCCCCUCUUGUCUCCACUUUCCUCAGGUGAGUGUUGAUUAUUGCAUUUGACCCUUGGCGGGGCAGAGUGAAGGUAACUGGACAAUUGGUGUGGUACAUAUAAUAACUGACCCAGGGUUGGUUGGUUGGGUUUUUUUACUUUGAAAGCCCUUUAUCUUCUGAGAGUCAUGACCAGGAAUGUGGGAGGAGCUCUGAGUGUGCCUGUGCCUAGACCAUACACCCCCAUCAGCCAUCCCAGGAGCUUGGUUGGGCUCUACGGUGCUUGCUGGGGCAGAAUUAAGGAAUCUCCCUGAGGACAGAGGGAAAGACCCUGAUGCCUGAGACCUCGGAGAACCAAGGUCCUAGGGAACCGUAGGUGCGUCAGGAUCCAGUGAGAGUAGUUAAGUGUCUUCAGCCAAGGAGAGAGAGAAGUCAACCCAGACUGAGUGGCUGCUGAAUACCCCGGUUGGCCUGAGCUUUUUGGGGGCCACUUCUGAGCUUACAAAGGCCAGCCAGGUCAUGUGCACAAAUAAACCACUGAGACUGAUGGAUCCUCCAAGAUUCCUAGAGAGGCAGCAGAGAAGCCGGCCCAAGUGCAUUAGCAUAUGGAAGUUUCUCCAGUGUCCUGUGCAUUGCGGACCAACUAUUUCCUUUCCCUUAGAGAAGUGUUCAGUUUUUAGUUUCCCCCCCCCGACUCUGUGUAGGCGCUGUCUUGGUCUCCUAUACCCAUGCAAGACCUCCAUACUUUCUCAGCGAUCCAAGGAUCAUGGUACUUGGAGGUGGUGCUGUUGCCCCAUUUUCCUGCGCUUCCUCGAGUUCCCCUCUUUUAUGUAGAUCUCUCAGGAUCUGGAUUUUGUGUUCUGUGUCAGCUCCACCAGACAUUUCAGAGACGCAGAGAACUGAACAAAGCGCGGUACAGAACUGGGUCUGUAUGGAUCACCUCCUUCUCAGAUGGGGGCACAGACUUACCGGUGGGGAAGCCUCACUGGAAUCCAUAGGCUAACGGGUCUUUAUGGCCAAAAGUUGGUUUCCUUGUAUGUUUCCUGAAUCCUACGGCUGUUUUACCUGAAUGGUUUUACAGAGUUUUCACAAAAAUCCCCUAUACAAAUUGUCGUGAUACUGUAUAUCUGUAAAGGCUUAGUACUUAAAGAUAAAUACUUUGCAUGAUCCUACCAAUUCUGCAAAACAAAGAGAAGUGGUACGUGAAUUUCUCUGGGUAAGGAAACUUUGAGAAGUUAGCACAUUCAAGCAAGCAUUCAUUGAGUGCUGCACACUGGGCCAGGCUUUAUGUCGCAAAAAUGGGACCAUGCCAGAUAAAAGGCAUUUUUUACUGUAAAGUGUAAUGAGAAAGACAUGUUGCCUUGACGAAAAUAAACUUUGUACAUAGGGACUUUGGAGGUGGGAUGUUAAAGAUAGCUUCCUUGAGUAGCCAAUAGCAGAGCUGUCUCUGUGGACUGUCUGAAGUUGAAUAGCAAAGAGGAAAUGGACCUUGAGGGAUAGAGUAUAUAAACAAGGGAUCAGAAAACCAUUUCAGGAAACUGCAAAUAAAUGAAGGUGGGUGCAUUCCAGCCUGGGCAACAAGAGUGGCAGAGGUGGGGCAAACAGAGUAGAGAGUAACUGAAAUAUGCUGAGGAAUUUAAACUUUAUAGGGCAGUGUGCUUUUCCAGAAAUGUCACCGUACGUAAAUAAAAUCUGUAUGCACACUGGUAAGCAAAAGAGACUAGGCUAAGGACAUCAGCCUUCCUGGCCACCCCGGUAACUGAAGAGAUCAGUAUGCUGGUACUCCUGUAAGCCAUUUGGAGCACCCAGUAAACUGUGGCAAUGCAUAGUAGUUGGGCAAUUAAAUGCUCUUUCUGGAUUUAAGCAGAGGAGUAAUGUAGUCUUACUAGCUUUCUAGAAAUACUCUAAAAGUGGUGUGGUGAAUGAACUGGAAGGGUGCAAAACUGAAAGCAAGAGAGACAAGAGACUUUUAGUUGUUAGAGAAAGAACCAAAACCAUAAGUUGGUGAAAGUAAGUUACUGGCAACAGAAAUGAAGAGGGCACCAGAUGGAACUGUAUUAAAGAUUACAGAUUUAACUAGACCUGAUGACUAAUUAGAUUGAUGAAAGUGAGAAAAAAAAGGUACUGAGAGCACUUCCUGUCACAUACUAAGUACUACAUAAGUAUUAUUUCAAAUAAAUGUAGCCAGGGCUAAAUGAUUAGGUAAAUGUGGCACUAUUUUAUAAGAGGUGGCUAAUAUUGGAUGAAAAAUUGGUCACAAGGGGAAAAUGAUGAAUUUUGGUGGUGAGGUCAAGAUGCUUAUAAGACGUACAAGUGAAAGGGUCUCAUGCACCACUGGACUAUAAGGGUCUGGAGCUCCAAAGAAAGGCUAGGAUGAGAGAAUCAGACUUGGGAGUUUUCAGGUGAAAGUUAAUAUCAUAGAAUGGUUGCGAUUGCCCACAAUGAAUGUGGGAUGAGAAUACGGCUGGAUUUCAAUUUAGGAUACUAGACAUUUUUGACAGGCAGAGUAAGAGCCAUGAAGUAGACUAAAGAAUAGUCAUUGGAGGCCAGGCGCGGUGGCUCACGCCUAUAA